AUGUCUCUGAUUCAUCAAUUUCUUGGUGAUGAAACCUUUGACCCCUUCUUAUCUAUGAUCAACAAGUGCCCUGUCCUAAGCACCCCAACAGAUUGGAAAGAGACCAAAGAUGCUCAUGUGUUCAUAUCUGAUCUUCCAGGGUUGAAGAAAGAUGACAUCAAGGUACAAGUAGUAGAAGGAAGGAUCCUUCAAAUUUGUGGUGAGAGGAAAAAUGAAAAUGAAGAUGACAAGAACAUCAAGUGCCACCGCAUUGAACGUUGCCGUGGCAAGUUUCAAAGGAGGUUUAGGCUCCCGGAGAAUGCUAAGGUGGAGCAAGUUAAGGCUCAUAUGGAAAAUGGUGUGCUUGUUGUCAAUAUCCCUAAGCAGGAGGUGAAGAAACCACAAACCAAGCUGAUUCCAAUUGAUGGAAAUUAG